GCUAGUAUUCGUAGUGCUGCAGACAGAUCCAGUUGUGUGUGGUGUGGACUCUCCGUCGUCGUUGUCGUUUGCCCGCCAUUCUCACAUCAACUCAGCCAGCAGUUUUCAAGGUGUUUUGGUUUUCGCGCGCGCACCCCGACAUCGGCUACUUCGAUUAGCUGCUGCUCGUUCUUCUUUUUCUUUUUUUUCUGUGCCGCGGUUCUCGGAGGUUUUUUUUUUCUUUUCUUGGCCGCCUGCGUGAAUAUUUCCCCUUGCGUCGCGUCUCUCGUUCUUUUGCCGCGCGCCCUCUCAAGGAACACGCUCACAUGCGACCACCGCCGCCGUCUUUGACGCCGCCGCCACCACGACCACCAUUACGAACAAUAGCAGCAGCAGCGUCUUUUUAUCGACGAGUGUGCGAAACAGCAACCAGCGUGAAUUGAAUUAAAAGAAGAUAACGUCAAUUUGCGCUGCUCUGACUUGAAGUGAAGACAUACAGUGUAUAAGAUAAAGAAGUGAAGUUUUUGAUAAGUUAAGAGCAAAAGUGUAAACCGUGCAACCGAUUACAACUGAUAAGUGAAGUGUAAAGUGUGUGUGUGUACUAACUAGUAGUAUCGAAAGAUAACAGAGCGCUGGCAAAAUGUGUGCGGCACAGACGAAUCCGCCGUCCAGCUUUAACUACACGUGGGGCUUCGCGGACAAUUCCCGCACCGAGUCGGUCGUCGAGAUCAGCCCCAACAUCAACUACACCGUGACGGAUGCGUCGAUGCCAUACUUGCAGCUGCCGGACGGUGCCAGUAUUAUCGUGCAGAAGGAUGCCAAGGGGACGAUCACGCACGCCAACAAGGGCGUCCGGCGGAUGAUCGUCGUGAACGAUCCGUCCGCGCUCCAGCAGGGCGGCGCGCAGCGCAUCAUCACCACCAGUGGCACAACCGUUGCACAGCAUCCCGCAGCUAAGAAACAUGAAGUUAUAAAUCAAUCUAAUUCCGCCCUAGCGAACGGAAUCAUCGACUCGAAGGCGAAAAUCCUGACCACGACGUCGGGCGGCGGCGGCGGCUCGUCCGCGGCGACCGCCUUCAUGUCCCCGCUCGGGCCGAUCCAGCUGACGGCCGAGGAAUGCAACGACAUCCUGAUGAAACGGGCGGCGGCGGCCGUUGCGGCCAACAAUCAGCACGCCAUCACCACCAACACCGAGGGGCACCAUGCUGCCAUCGCCGUCCAGGUCCAGAAGGUGAUCCAGGGCCUCGAGGAGGGCGAAGACUCGCAGGCCACCACCUCGACACACCAGCUCAAGAUCGAACCCACGCUGAGCAUCUCGCCCAAGCUCGAGGCGGUCGAAAUUGACUACAAUGAGUACGUCCAGCAGGAGUCGGACACGCCCACGCCGAACGUGGUCCCGAAGGAGCGGCCGUACUCGUGCGACCAGUGUGGCAAAUCGUUCCUGCUGAAGCACCACCUGACGACCCACGCCCGGGUUCACACCGUAGGUGAACGACCGCACGUGUGCGUCCACUGUGGCAAAGAUUUUGCCCACAAGCACUGCUUGAACACCCAUCUGCUGUUGCACUCGACGGAUCGUCCGUAUCAGUGCCAGGAGUGCAAGAAGAGCUUCACGCUGAAGCAUCACCUGUUGACGCACUCGCGCGUCCACAGCCGGGAGCGGCCCUUUGUCUGUCAGGAGUGUGGCCGUUCGUUCCCGUUGAAGCGUCACCUGGUCACGCACAGCAAGUUCCACGCCGGAGAGCGUCCGUACGUGUGCGAGGACUGCGGCGAGAGUUUUGCCCAGAAGGAGCACCUGGUGAUGCACUCGCGGUUCCACGGGUCGGUCAAUCCGUUCGUGUGUCCCGAUUGUGGGGCUACGUUCCCGCGCAAGUUCCAGCUGGUGAACCACGGCAAGCUGCACGGGCGCAUUCCGCACUCGUGUACGCUGUGCGGUAAGGAGUUCCUGCAGAAGAGGACGCUGGCGGCGCACAUGAGAAUCCACACCGGCGACCAGCCGUUCCCGUGCAUCGCGUGCGGCGAAGGCUUCCGCACCAAGUCCGAGCUGAACGCGCACAACCGGUUAACGCACGGCGGCGUCAACCCGAACUCGUCCAACACGACCAUCAUCACCACCAACACCGUGGUCACGACAAACGCCCAGCAGCAGCAGCAGCAGGCCCAACAACAGGCCGCCGCCCAGCAGGCAGCUCAGCAGCAAGCCGCCGCCCAGCAGGCCGCCCAACAGCAGGCUCAACAGCAAGCCCAACAGCAGGCCCAACAACAAGCGCAACAGCAGGCCCAGCAGCAGCACAUCGAGGUGCAGCAGAUUCAGCAGCACCACCAGCAGCAACAGCAGGUGCAGGACGUCAACACCGGCAACAUCAUCACGACCAUCUCGACCGGCCAGAGCUCGCCGGAGACGUCGCCGCGGCCACAGUACGCGUGCCGCGAGUGUGGCAGUGCCUUCAACAGCCGGGAAGCGUUGGCGCUUCACCUGCGGCUGCACACCGGCGACAAGAGCCUGAUGACGGACCUGUGCGCGCUGACCGCGGCCAUCCCCGGCCAUCUGUUCCCGGCCGUCAACCAAGAAUAUUCAUUAAUAGGAGGUGGCACGACGGUGGUCACAACCAACCCUGUAAUGCAAUCGUCUCCCGUUCCAGUACAAAUAAUCACCUCCUCCGGCCAGGUGGUUCAGCAAACCAUCCAGCCGCAGAGCCCACCCCAACAGCAGGUUCAGCACCACCAACAGGUGCAGCAGCAGCAGCAAACCCACCAAGUUCAGGUGGUUCAGCAGCAGCAGCAACAAACCCAACAGGUCCAGCAACAGGUUCAGCAGCACCAGCAAACCGUAGUGGUGGCGCAGGCCAAGCCCAAGUCCCACUACUGUGGCCACUGCGGCAAGGGCUUCGCCGCCAAGCACGGGCUGCUGCUGCACAACCGACGCCACCCGAACGGAGGCUGCACCGUGCGGACGCACGUGUGCGAGUGCGGUAAGGCGUUCUUCCAGAAGAACCACCUGAUGCUGCACCAGCGUCAACAUCUGGAGCAGAACCAACGCGGGGGUGGUGGCGGCGCAGCCGCCCAGCAACAGCAGCAGGGACAGCAGCUUGUUGUGAUCCAACAAACCAACCAGGAAGCGCUGGUCCAGCAGCAGCAGCAACAGCAAGCCCAGCAGCAAGCGCAGCAGCAGGCCCAACAGCAGGCACAGCAGCAAGCCGCCCAGCAGCAGCACCAACUGCAGCAGCAACAGGCGCAACAGCAAGCCCAACAGCAGCAGCAGCAGCAGCAGAACCAGAACAACCAGCAUGCGAUGCGCAACCUGGUGAUCGCCAACCAGCCCGUGCAGGUACAAUAUGUGCAGGUCCUCGAGAGCAACACCGCCCAGGUCAUCAAGUACGAGAUCAUCCACGACUCGUCCCGGCAGUCGAACGUCGAGUGAGAGGAGGCGAUGCUCCGUAUUACCAAGCCGGACGGUACGGAGGAAAUGAAGAAGGUGUUUAUCCUGAAGAACGAGGUCGGAUGAAACAUGCUGCAGAGUGCGACGGCGACGACGGCGGGUAGUGCUGCUGGGGAAGAGUUUGCGCAUCAACAGCAGCAGCUGGUGAUGGGGGAGAUUUUGGAUGGGCAGCCGGAGGCCGCCACAGACAAUCAUCACAACUAUGCGGCGGCCAACGCGAUCGUGGUCAGCGAGGGUGGUAGCGAACACUAUCAGCAGCAUCUCUACCAUCAUCAACAACAGCAGGCUGCCGGGGAGUACCAACCGUCGAUCAAAAACGAAGCCUUGUAAUUAUUUCAGUUUUGAUUUCAACAAAAAGCCCUCGUAAUUUGGACGAAACUUUAGGUUUACACAAACACACACACAAGCAGUUUAUCAUUUUAAGUCAGAAUUGGAGAUGUACAACAGCACUAUUUUGUACAAAGAGAGGUUCGCGAGAAACAAACAAGUUUAAUUUAUAGCAUUUUGAGCUCCUGCCGCAGGACAGGAGCCGGUUUAACAACCCCCUUACUAAAAGUGUAAAGUUGCAGAAAAGUUUUAAUUUUAAGAAAGCCAGUGCUGCAGAAUCACGCGCCAAUCAUUGAAGAUGAAGAAUCACCUUGCGUUACUUAUUUGAGAGAGAAAGUAAGGAGAGAGAGUUUUAACAUAUGUUACGGUUAUUUUUUUCUUUUCCACCCUCUCCCCACAAGCUGUAUAUAAAACCAGAGAAAAGGUAAAGCUACGUGUAGGAUUGCAAGGGUCACACACACGAUUGUUAAAUGUAUUUUUUAACUGUUAGCGCGCGACUAGAAUGUAGGAAAACACACACACCAACCACCAACACAAAAACAAGCAGCUUUUGUCUGUUACAAAAUCGUGAGAAUCAAACAAAUCUAACAAAAAACACAUCAAGUUGUACAUAUUGAAAGAGAGAGAAAGAAAGUUGUUCUUUUCGCGGCGGCCAUAAUGAUUUCCCACAUACACACAAAAGUCUCACUAAUUUGCUUAAAACAAACAAACACACAAUUCUUGAAAAGAACGGGCGCAACUUUAAAGUCACUACUAUUCGUUGUUUAAGGAUUAUUAUACAUUUUUUUCUUUUUUCGUGCUCUUAAGAUGAUGAAAUUGUAACAUUUUAGUUUUUAAUCACAAACACAAACAAAAAUUGAACGAACGCGAGAGAGAGAGAUAGCUUAUAAAGCUAGGCUUAGGGUAAGUGAAGAGUAACAAAUCGGGCGCCCGCGCGCAUAUUUUUAUUAACAAUCGGUAGGAGAGAGUGCACCGCCAGGGUGGGUGCAUUUAUAGGGAGAGGAAGAAAGCGCGGCGCGAGCAAAACGUUUAGGGAGGACGAGAUGAAAUCUGUAAAUUUUAAGGAAAAAAUGUUUAUUGAUUAUAUGUAAAACCGUGGAAAAAGAGAUGAUUUGUGGAUAAUAAAUAUUUUAAUAUUCAUAAAG